UUUCAUUAUUAUUGUAAUAACUGGAUACAUUUAAAUUCUUUAAAGAAUUUUCUUAUUUAAAUAAUUAAGACCCGAAUUUCAAUAUAAGACGAUGGCUUCGUUAUCGAUUGUUGAUAAAAUCAAUCAUCAACAUAAAUCUCAUCUAAAACAUUUUGUCGUACAAACACGAUCAUUUCAGAUUGAAAAAAGUCGAAAUAUGGAAAUGUAUCCACGACUGAGAAUCCAUAUUCAGCGACAAAAUGAAAAACGAAAACAAGAAAUGGAAAUGAGCGAAGAAUUAAAACGAGCAAAAAGGGAAAAAGAAUUGAAGCACAAUCUUGAUAAACGGACAUUGGAUGAAAUCAAAGAGGAAAUCACCCGUAAGGAAAGAAAAUUGGCCGAUUUAGGAAGUGAAAAACAUAAAUUGUUUGCCGAAUUCAAAAAAGUUUGUAAUGAAGAUAAUAGUAGAAAGAAUUUACAACGACAAAAAGAAGCAAGUGUCAUGCUAAAUUUGACGUUUGGACCAUCACAAUCUGGUGGACCUGGAUCACAACAAUUGCCCCUUUCGUUAGCAACAUUGCCAUCGUCAUCAUCAUCGGCAGCAACUUCAUCAGCAUUAGCUUUGUCUCAGUCACAAUUGAAUCAAAAUGUUGCUUCGUUGAAAUUUCCAAACGCUCAACACCACCCCUCUUCGAUAACAAACUCAAAUUCUAUCAUUCCACCGUUACCAAAUCCUACGAUUAUGCCAUUGCAUGAAUCUUUUUAUGCAGUUCAUCAAAACGCUAGUGGUGGUAAUGCUAGCCAUCCAUCUAAUAAACAACCUCCUCCUCAAAGGUUUCUUUCUGCUCCUCCAGUUACCAUGGCAGUUUAUAGUGCUAAUUAUGCGACACAACUUGAACGUCAACAGCAACAAAGAUCAUCUGUUCAAACGAAUUCAACCACAACUUCAGCUUCAUUGCCCAAUGUAAUGCCAUCAGUAUCGAGCCCAUAUUCAUUGAUUUCAAAUUCUAAAGUGGCCCCACCACCACCACCCACACCCAUCUACUCGAAACCACCUCCUUCAUCAUCGAUGAACCCUGCAUUAAUAGCUGGUGGUAUACCAUUUCAAGCGAUUCCACCAACCGGCAGCGAUCGUCUACCACGGUUAUCAUCAUCAUCAUCAGCUCCGAUCGUAUCAUCAGCUGGAUAUAAACGACUACAUGAAUCAUCCAAUCCAACUAUUGUUUCAUCGACCGGAUCCACAUUGCCAACAUUAAAUUUAGCGGCGGUUGCCGCUGCUGCCCACUCAGGCCAUCAACAGGUUCAUCCAACAGCUGCACAUAUUCCUGCAUUCUUAUCUGCAUAUCCACCACCACCUCCAAGUGGUAAACCACAAGGACAAGCACCACCACCAGGAAGUAUAUUGCAUCCGGUAUCAGCUGGUUCUGCAGCUGCUGCUUUUCCACCAGGUCUUUCUCUCACACCACAUAUGCAAUCAUUUCAAAAUUCAAUAUUUCAUCAAUCGCUCAUAAUGGGUGGGCAGAACCCAUUCCUACCACCUAAUACUAAUCCUCCAAAGUAAUUAUUUAACAAUUCAUUAUUUUUUUAAAUUUUAUUUUUAAAAAUAAAAAUUUACAAAUUAA